UUGCUUUGGUCGCUGCCCAGGCCCGGAGCCACAGAGCCAGCCUGCGCCGCCUGCGGAAGAAUAUCUACCCCGUCAGAGACGCUGCUCUGGCCGCUUCUCCCUCGCUUGUUCUUCUGUUCGCAGAAUCCCCCCUCCCACCCGGCGGCUCUUCUGGCGCGUCCCAGCAGCGGCAGCAACAGCAGCGGCGCCUCCUCCUGCAAAACACUUUUCUCCCUCGGCGUGUGUGUAUUUGCGUGUGCGUGCGCGCGGCGAACGAGUUCAGUUCCUGCCUCUCUCUCUACCCCGCGGUGUCGUCUUCUCCGGACUCUCCCCUCAGUGUGCGCUCGUGCCCUGUAUGCUCCUAUAAAUUCUGCGUUGAAGGUGGAAGAUCUUCCAGAAGAGUGUGGUGCUGGUGCUGGUGGCUUCAUAGCAAAGGUGAAAAACACCACCCUUCCUCUGUCCUCCAGCAAGGAACUUCUUUGGGGUUCUUCAACCUCCUGCCAAUGGAAGAAGUCCUUCUAGGUGAUGCAUGAUGUGGUCUGCAAUGUUGGAACUGAUGCUGUGUACCAUUCCAGUUCAAGACUGAAACUUCAGGCUUUUUGAGGUCUGGAAAAGGAAGGUAUUAAGUCAUGAUGCAGGAAUCUGCGACAGAGACAAUAAGCAACAGUUCAAUGAAUCAAAAUGGAAUGAGCACUCUAAGCAGCCAAUUAGAUGCUGGCAGCAGAGAUGGAAGAUCAAGUGGUGACACGAGCACUGAAGUAAGCACAGUAGAACUGCUGCAUCUGCAACAACAGCAGGCACUGCAGGCAGCCAGACAGCUGCUAUUACAGCAACAGACAAGUGGGCUAAAAUCUCCUAAGAACAGUGAUAAACAGAGACCACUACAGGUGCCUGUGUCAGUGGCCAUGAUGACUCCCCAGGUGAUCACCCCUCAGCAAAUGCAGCAAAUUCUCCAACAACAAGUUUUGUCUCCACAGCAACUUCAAGCACUUCUUCAACAACAGCAAGCAGUUAUGUUACAGCAGCAACAACUUCAAGAGUUUUACAAGAAACAGCAAGAGCAGUUACAUCUUCAGCUUUUGCAGCAGCAGCAGCAGCAGCAGCAACAGCAGCAGCAGCAGCAACAGCAGCAGCAGCAACAGCAGCAGCAGCAGCAGCAGCAGCAACACCCAGGAAAGCAAGCAAAAGAGCAGCAACAGCAGCAGUUGGCCGCCCAGCAGCUUGUCUUCCAGCAGCAGCUCCUCCAGAUGCAGCAACUUCAGCAGCAGCAACAUCUGCUGAAUCUUCAGCGUCAGGGACUCAUUUCCAUUCCACCUGGCCAGUCUGCUCUUCCUGUCCAGUCGCUGCCACAAGCUGGCUUAAGUCCUGCUGAGAUUCAGCAGUUAUGGAAAGAAGUUACUGGAGUUCACAAUAUGGAAGACAAUGGCAUUAAACAUGGAGGGCUAGACCUCACUACUAACAAUUCCUCUUCUACUACCUCCUCUACCACUUCCAAAGCAUCGCCACCAAUAACUCAUCAUUCCAUUGUGAAUGGACAGUCAUCAGUUCUAAAUGCAAGACGAGACAGCUCAUCACAUGAGGAGACUGGAGCCUCUCAUACUCUCUAUGGCCAUGGAGUUUGCAAAUGGCCUGGAUGUGAAAGUAUUUGUGAAGAUUUUGGACAGUUUUUAAAGGCUACCUGUGUGAAUAUGUGGAUAAAGACUCAUCCUUUCAUGUACGCAAAUAAAAGGCACCUUAAUAAUGAACAUGCAUUGGAUGACAGAAGCACUGCUCAGUGUCGGGUGCAAAUGCAGGUGGUUCAACAAUUAGAAAUACAGCUUUCUAAAGAACGUGAACGUCUUCAGGCAAUGAUGACCCACUUGCACAUGCGACCCUCAGAGCCCAAGCCAUCUCCAAAACCUUUAAAUCUGGUGUCCAGUGUCACUAUGUCUAAGAACAUGUUGGAGACUUCCCCUCAGAGUUUACCUCAAACUCCCACUACACCAACAGCCCCAGUCACUCCAAUUACCCAGGGACCCUCAGUAAUCACCCCAGCCAGUGUACCCAACGUGGGAGCCAUUCGAAGACGACAUUCCGAUAAAUACAACAUUCCCAUGUCAUCAGAAAUUGCCCCAAACUAUGAAUUUUAUAAAAAUGCAGAUGUCAGACCUCCAUUUACUUAUGCAACUCUAAUAAGGCAGGCUAUCAUGGAAUCAAGUGAGAGGCAGUUAACACUCAAUGAAAUUUAUAGCUGGUUUACACGGACAUUUGCCUACUUCAGGCGUAAUGCAGCCACUUGGAAGAAUGCAGUACGACAUAAUCUUAGCCUGCACAAGUGUUUUGUUCGAGUAGAAAACGUUAAAGGAGCAGUAUGGACAGUGGAUGAAGUAGAAUACCAGAAGCGAAGGUCACAAAAGAUAACGGGAAGCCCAACAUUAGUGAAAAACAUACCCACGAGCUUAGGCUACGGAGCAGCACUUAAUGCAAGCUUACAGGCUGCGCUGGCGGAGAGUAGUUUACCUUUGCUUAGUAACCCUGGAUUGAUAAACAAUGCAUCCAGUGGCUUACUACAGGCUGUCCACGAAGACCUCAAUGGUUCGUUGGAUCACAUUGACAGUAAUGGAAACAGCAGUCCAGGCUGUUCUCCUCAGCCUCACAUACAUUCAAUCCAUGUUAAGGAAGAGCCAGUAAUUGCUGAGGAUGAAGACUGUCCAAUGUCUUUGGUGACAACUGCAAAUCACAGUCCAGAGUUGGAAGAUGACAGAGAAAUUGAAGAAGAGCCUUUAUCUGAAGAUCUGGAAUGAACAGAGACUUUAGAAACCUCAAACUGAAGGGACAUAUCACUGACCUUCACAACCACUCCACAACCAUGAAUAUUUGACAAAUUUUUACUGUGACUAUUUAUUAAGCAUGGAUAAAGGAGAACAACCCAAAAGGAACUCACUAAGCCAGCCCUUUGGGAAUCCAAUUACAAACAGGCAAAUAGCUUGUUUUUUCUUUCUUUCUUUUUUUUUAAAAGAUAAACUGAUUUUCUUGAAAAAAAAAAAAUAAACUGUUUAUAUAGAAUGGCUUGCCCAUUUUAAAAAAAAUGUGGCUAUCAAGGGUUCAUGAAAUGACUGAAUAUGAGGAUACAUGUUCUAUAGAAAGCAAAUGGGCCUCAUAUACUGCCAAAAAUAGUGUUAGUUUCAUCAAUGUGAAAAUUCCAGCAUACAGUAGUUGUAAUAAUGUUAGAAACAAUUGCUGGUCAAGUUCAACUUGUUGCUAUUGUUUUUAAUUUGCACAGGAGUAGUAUCAGAAAUUAGUGUCACUGCUUGUAUUUAGCUGAAUUUUAAACAACAGAACAUUAGUUUUUUAUGUUGGUGCCACCAACUGUAAAUGACAUAAGUUAGUUAUAACAAACCACAGUAAUUAGACUGUUGCAACCAUCUAAAACCUUUUAAGCUUCCAGUCUGUGCUGUUAGUGUUAAGAUGUAAAGUGCAAUCCUAAGCUAACAUUGUCUGUGCAAGCACCAUAGAAACACUUGCAUAUCUGCAUAUAUCUUACAACUGUACUCUUUACCUCCUUGUGAUAAAGCUUUGUCUACCUGCAAACACAGUCAAAGGCUACAGCUGCAAACCAAAGCCUACUCUAACAAUGGCCAAUAGCUCAACGACAGAAGCAGCCACAUGCUUUGGUCAGCCUUCUGUAACUUUAAUUAGUACAAAGGAACCUUUCCAUGAACUACCUGCUGUUUUCUGAUGACCUCUGGGAUCUUUUCAUUUAGCCCUAUACCAAGAAACAAAUAUGGGGGAAAAAGUCCUUUUCGUCAUAGUGUAAUCUUCUGAGGCCAAAAGUCAAUCUUAAUGCAGUGAAGAUUUGCUUUCAUUUUAGGAUAGAGGUGGGAACAAAGUCUGGGCAGAAGUUAUGAUAGAAAGCAACAAAUAUGGAUCACUGACCAAAACAAUUAUGUACUUGAUGCAAAUGCAGAUUGCAUAUUGUUAUGUAAAAUAUGUUUUUUUAAUUAUGUUCCCUCCCCAUUCAGACCGGUUCCCCCUGCCCCCCCUGUGGUGAAUACAUGUUGUUAGAAGAAGUCUUGUAUGGUCUUAAUCUUCGUUGUGUGCUAUUUUUUAUAGUCUUAAGUUAUAAUGACAAAAAAGUAGGAACCAAACAUAAAAGGUCUAGUAAAGCCAAAAAUUAAUUUCAUAUUGAUUUAAAGUAAUCUAGGUGAGUUUUUACACUGAAAGCAAAGAUUAUAGCAAUUGUAGUCCAUGGUAUUUAUUUUCAGUCAAACCAAAGUUACAUAUAAUUCUGCCUCUGUUUAUACGGGAUACUAACACUAACAAUACACUCCCUUUGG